AUGGUAGUAACAUUGUUUGAACAGUUGUGUAAUGACCUGUUCUGGGAUAUUUUCGAUUACCUUGAAUUGGUGGAUAUCUAUGUUUCUUUCUAUGGGUUAAACUGUCGAAUCAAUUCAAAAAUACAUUCCAUUCCAUCUCUACACCUUGAUCAUCGAGCAUUUGUAUCAUCAAAAUUUGCCAACCACUUAGCUACUAUAGUCGAUCGUGUUGUUUCAUUAAAUGUUAUUGGUGCUACUGAUUCACUAUCAUUGACACGUUUCUAUGUACUUCAGUCACUUACAAUCAGUGACAUGCAACAUAAAGAUUUAAUAAUUAUAAUGUUGGACAUUUAUGAGUCGAAUACGUUGAAAUCACUAACUGUGUCAUUGAAUUAUUCAGAGCCAGAUGAUAUUGAAGAUAUAUAUAGUAUGAUUAUAUGUAAUAGGCUUCCAAAAACGUUGAAAACAUCUCAAAUAAUUAAUAAUAUUAAAGCAAUAGAAUUAAUAACAUUUGGGAAGGUAUCGACCGUUUGUCAAUCGAUCGAACAUCUAUACCUAAAAUCAUGUUUUACGAAUUGUUCGAGUACCACUACUUUAUUUCGACUAUUCUCAUAUAUGCCAAAUUUAAAAUAUGCUGAAAUUCUUCCGUUUUUAAAUUGUAAUAUGAGUUCACGGGAUAAAAUCAAUCCGCAAUCACUACUGAUGACAAGCAUAAAAGCGUUUCAUAGCACUUGCGUUGUAUUUUCAAUAGACUAUAUCGAUCUUCUUCUCUCUAUCAUGCCGUCUUUAAUAGUAUUACGUCUAAUAUGUUAUUCGAAUGAUAAAAAUAUAAUCGAUGCUUGGCAAUGGGAACAAAUAAUAUUAAGACGAAUACCCCUAUUAAAAAAGCUCAUUUUAGAUAUUAAUACGCAAUGUCAUACCACAUCAGAUGAUCUCCGUAAAGAUGAAGGAUUUAGAACAGAUUUUUGGUUGAAUCGGAACUGGUUUGUCUCUUUACAAGUGGCACGACAUAUGCUUCGAUUAUUUGUAUGGACGUCAAACCAAGAUUGCGACAGAAGUGGUAGAGAUGAGACUAAUUUCUGUAGUAGUUAA